AUAUCUCUCUAAGCUUCCCAUUAUUCCCACCUAUAAAUUUCACCCUCUCCCAUUCUCUCUCCCACCCUCUACUCCAAUAUUCUCUCUCUCUCCCAAUCUCUCCACCUCUUUUAAUGGCGGUUUCCGGUUUCGAAGGCUUCGAAAAGCGCCUGGAGCUCCAUUUCUCCGGCGACGACCCAGUCUUCCUCAAUGUGGGCCUUCGCCAAAUCAGCUUCGAUUCUCUGGAACAAGUCCUACGCGAAGUCCAAUGCACCGUCGUCUCCGCCGUCGGUAACCAUUACUUUGACGCUUACGUGUUAUCCGAAUCCAGCCUUUUCGUUUACCCAACCAAAAUCAUCAUCAAAACCUGUGGGACCACUCAGCUACUCAAAUCCAUCCCUCCAUUGCUCCACCACGCGCUUAAUCUCGGCCUUACACUCUCCUGCUGCCGUUACACCCGCGGUAACUUUAUCUUUCCUCUGUCACAGCCUUUCCCUCACACAAGCUUCCACGACGAAGCUCUGUACCUUGAAAAUACCCUCCCUAACAACCUCUGUUUCCGCAAGGCUUCCAUUAUGCCUUCCAAUCUCCCCUCACAUGCUUGGCACGUGUUCUCCGCCUGCGAUCAAACCCGUUUGCUUCCUGAUUUUUACACGGUGGAAAUUUGUAUGACGGAGCUCGACCGGACUCUGGCUCGGAAAUUCUUCCGCCGUCCCGGAGAUGGAAAAUCCGGCGACGCUGCCGGAAAAGAGAUGACGGAACUCGCCGGAAUUAAUAAAAUUAACCCCAAUGCUCUUGUUUGUGAUUUUGGGUUUGACCCUUGUGGCUACUCGAUGAAUGGAAUCGACGGCGAUCGGUACUCCACGAUCCAUGUCACGCCGGAGGACGGUUACAGUUACGCUAGUUUUGAGUGUGUUGGUUCGAUUUACGACGACGACGACGACGGCGACGGCGAGGAUUUGGUUCGGAUGUUGAAGAGGGCAGUUCAGGUGUUCCGACCGGCGAAGGUUUCGGUGUCGACGACCUCCGCGUCGCAUCGAGUGUGGACGAGGGUGGUCGGAGCAAUGGAGCCGCUUGGAUUGAAAUGCCGGAGUUGUACGGCGGACGAGUUCCCAGCUAUCGGAAGCGUCGUGUUUCAAACCUUCACGGCGCGCCGGAAAAAGCCGGUGGAAUGCGGCGGCUGUACUAGAUAAAAGAAAUCAAGGCGGCGAUUUUCUAGUCAGGGAGUUAGAUGGAAUUUUAUCAUUUAUAUGCCACGUGGCAAGAGUUCAGAGGAUGAUGAUGUGGAUGAAUUCAAUUGGUUAAUGAGAGUGCUGAAUGUGGGGUUGACUUGUUCUUUUU